CAAACUUGUUUCUCUCGUGUCUGCUGCUCGUUUUCUUCUCCCUCUCGUCUCAGAUCUAGGGUUACAUUUCUAUUCGUCUCCUUUCCUCAUGGAUGCCCUAGAUUCCGUCGUCGAUCCCUUGCGAGAAUUCGCCAAAGAUAGCGCUCGUCUCGUGAAGAGAUGCCACAAACCGGAUCGGAAAGAAUUCACGAAGGUCGCGAUCCGGACGGCGAUCGGAUUCGUCGUAAUGGGGUUCGUGGGGUUUUUCGUGAAGCUGAUCUUCAUUCCGAUCAACAAUAUAAUCGUCGGAUCUGGUUAGGUUGUAUGCGGGGUAAGUCGAUUGGGGGCCAGAAGUUCUCUCCAAGAAGUGGAGAUAGAAAAGACUGAUAGAUACACAAACUCUCUUGAUGCCUAGGCUUCUUUUUUUCUUUUUCUUUUUUGCUGUGAUAGACAUAUACCUCCCAAGCUUUUGGGAUUCAACUUACUUUUAAGUACCCUUCUUUUCUUUUUCUUGAAAAUUAAUGUUGAUUUGCAGAUUUUAGGUUGGUUUUCUA